AUGCAAUUGCUUGUCUUUGUUCCCGGAAAACCUCCGCUCAGGAUGAACACACAUGAACUCCAAAGGUACAGUGCAACUACAGCGACAAAGGUGCUUUUUUAAGGACAUUAAUGCAGCCGUUCUGUUAUAAGGGGACCUGUGCAAUAUAUUAUGCCUACUUUAAAAUAACUCGUACAUUUGAUGUGGCACUGCAAUUUAAUAGCCGCUAACGUUGAGGGCUAACCGAGUUAGCAUUCCUAUUGAUAAUCUAAGUACCGGCAUUGCUUUAUUUAUUUGUCCGCAGGGUUGGAGAGGGAGAUGCGGAGAAACACGAACCGGAUGAGAACAACGUUUGUUCACUCACUCUGGGUCCGGGGUCGAUGUUGGACGGUUCCACGGUAGCCUCCCGUUUUCUGCACGUGGAGUUGGAGCUGAACGUUCACCUUCGCCGGCUGUCGUUCAAUGAGCCUGUGCACUACAUCUACAACCCGCUGGAGUAUGCCUGGGAACCGCACCGCUGCUUCGUUGAGACGUACUGUCGUGGCGGACAGAGUAUUCUCUUUCUGGGGAUGAACCCGGGACCCUUCGGCAUGGCUCAGACCGGGGUAAGGAUGUGCAGGCAGGCCAAAGAGAGAGAGAGAGCAACAACUCCCACUUGUUAGCUACAUUGUUAGCCUACUUCCAUUCAAGGCACCUCUUUCCCAGGUCGUUGCUGGCAAAAGGUAAAUGGUAGCCUCCUAGAACUUUUGGUUGAUAGAGAAUAAUAUAAACUUUUAUCAUGUGUGAAUACUGGUAAUUACCACUUUCUCAUCUUCACCAUUGCAGAAUGGAAAUGUCUGGAAUAAGGGGUACACAUGAAGAAUAAGUCAACAAUAUUGUCCACUCAGUUUGAAUCUGAUCAGAGUCAGGGUAAAAUAGAGUAGUAUUAUUAUCCACCUAAUCAUCAGUCCUCCUCUGCUCUCAGGUCCCCUUUGGUGAGGUGAACUAUGUCCGUGAUUGGCUGAAAAUCACUGGGGAGGUGGGACAUCCCCCUUCGGAGCACCCAAAGCGACUAAUCAAAGGCCUAGACUGCAUUCAGAGUGAAGUGAGCGGCGCCCGUUUCUGGGGCUUCUUCCGCAAGCUGUGUGGUGAGCCAGCUGUGUUCUUCCGCCAUUUCUUUGUACACAACCUGUGCCCACUUAUGUUCAUGGGUACCACCGGCAAGAACCUGACACCCCCCGAGCUGGUCAUUGGGGAACGUGAGGCUCUCCUGGCUCUCUGUGACAUGGCACUGUGCCAGGCUGUGGCUGCCCUGGGCGUCACCAUGGUGAUUGGGGUUGGCAGAGUGGCAGAGCAGCGAGCACGGCGAGCCCUCUCUGCAGCGGGCAUGGAGGUACGGGUGGAGGGCAUCAUGCACCCAUCCCCCAGGAACCCGUUGGCCAAUAAGGGCUGGGAGGCGGUAGCCAAGGCCAAGCUGGAGGAACUGGGUGUCCUAUCGCUGCUGACCAUGUGACCUCUAGCCAAUCAGCCUCCAUGAACAAAUACUGUAUUUGCUGUAUGCUGGCCUGGGGGUAUAAGUUGCCCGCUGGCACAGAUCUAGGGUCAGCUUAC